UGGCGCCAAAAUCUCCUCUCACCACCAGAGCCACCAAUUGAUUAAGGCCCUGUUUAGCGCAGACGCUGCCUCCUUUUUCCAUCCGAUCCAAUGGGGUGCAGCCUAGGGUUUCGUCCUCCUCAGUUCUCCGAGGAUUUAGCUUGGCUUCCUGGUUGGCUUCAGCAACAUCAAGCAGAACAAUUCGAUGAGCACAUAAAGAAACCUCAAACUCCUGAGCUAGCAUUUAAGGAUUUGGCAUCAUUUCAAGGAAAUACCGAUGAAAAUAAAUAUGCAAAUCUUUUAUCAAGGGAAGAAGGCAGAGUUAACAACUGUCAUUUAUUCUUAUCUGGGGAAGACAAUUCACCAAUUAGUUCAUCUCCGUCUCCUGGAAAUGUGCUUCAUUUCCAUCUACAUCUUUCCUCAUAUGGCGACUCACAGUAUAGCCCAACUCAACAGUUGGAUACAUCAAAAAAGCUGCUUCAAUCUAAUAAAGUUCUGUCAACGCAACUAGUUAAACACUCUGUUGGUUCUGGGGAGAAGACUCGUUCCAUAAUGCAUUGUAGUGCUGGUGGGCAAAAUUUGUUGCCUGCAAGUUCCAUUCAAAGAACUGUGGAGAAUGUUUGUCCAACAUCUCCCCACAAUGACAAGGACUCUGAGAGGCAUUAUGGAGAGAAAUUCAGUUUCAGGUUCCUCAAAGGUGCUGAUGUCAAUGAAGCAGUUGAACUAUCUAUCACAGCAUCUGAAGCAUUGGUUAUACAUGAAUUAGUGAAGAGUGGAUCAACUUCGGAAACAUUGCCAACAGAAUCAGUACUUGAAGUUGCCCUUCAGGUGAAGAAAGCACGGUUGGAUAUUUUGGAAGAUGCCUUCCAUUGCCCAACAGAGCAUACUGACAACUGUGAUUCUCUUUCUGACUUUGAUGAUGUUGCUAUGGCAGAUGCAUAUGAAGAUGUUGGGUUAUCUUACAGUGUCCCUGAUCAUCAGUGUGCUUGUGAUUCAGCUAUAUCUCAUAUUAAAGAAACUCCUCUAUCUGAUGAUCAUUAUGGAUGUGAUAAUAUAAUGAAUUGCUUAGAUGUCAGGGCUCAACAAGCAAAUUUUGAUGAUAGUCCUGCACAAAAACAUUUAGAAGAAAACGUGGACAUGGAUAUGGGGUUAAUAAAAGACUUUCCUUUAGAAUCUCUUGAUCGUGAGAGUCAGAAGAAACUUUCUUGUGAUCCUGUUCUGGUUUCAAAUAACUCAAAACUGGCCAGAUACGCAGAUUCCAUGUUGCAUCAGUCGGUCCAGGAAAAUUCAGAUGGUUUAUCUAUAGCACAGGAAGUAGAUAUCUCUGCAGUCUUGAAGCAGAAUAAUGGUAAGAAUUUCCCCAAGUGUUUUCUUGAGACAAGCUUUCUCUCGGAAUCAGCAGAUAUUGCCCCAGACGAGAACUCUUUUGUGCAGAAACAUAAAUCCCAGUCUAAGUUGGGUUCACAGUCAAGCAUACCCUUUGAAGGUCUACACAACAAAGCUCGUGAGGGGAUAUUGCUUUCUCAAGAUGUGGUUACGUCUUCAAACCUCUCUUAUGUCGAUCCUCUUUGUUCUGUUGUUCCUUGCAGUAUUUCUACCGAAAAUGCCGGUUCAACACUAGCUCAGGAUCAGAAUGAUGGGGAAAAAUGCUUUAGAUCCACACGAGAACUUGGGGUAGAGAAUUUGCAAAGGACACUAGAUCAAAAUAUUGAACUUGAACUUGGGGAUGAGCAAGCUAUGUACACAGUUCAUGUGGAAAGUUCUGGGGUAACAGCUAGAAGGCAGUUGACCUCGCUUAAGACUUAUAGCAUGCUUUUGCCUAAACACGUCCCCCUUUUGGAAGAGGGUUGCCAUUACUUUAACCAGUCAUGGGGUUCUACUAAGUUCCUAUGUUUAAGGACUGUUUCCAAGAAUGCAGCUGGUACAAAUAAUGAGGAUAAUCAUAAAACUACUAGUAACAGGAGUUCAGUUGCAGAAGUGACAAAUCAGAAGAGAAACUAUGAUGAAAUUGCAGGAGAAGGGGGUGAGUUCUUGGUUCAGCCAUUGGAGCAGAGGACUUCACCUCUUGCUCUAAACCAAAGAUCAUGUCCCAAGCAUGUUACACUACCAGGAUCCAUUGUUAAGCAUCAACAAUGCAAAAGUCGUCAAAAUGUACAAUCUGAAUGCUUUAAUUCCCAUGACAAGCAUGCUUCUGUAAAAAAGCAAGUUCGUUUCUCUGAAGCAGAGGACCUGCCCCAGUGGACCAAGAAUGUUCAAAAGCGACAAUCUUUACACCAAAACUGUUCAACUGUUAGAGCUAGUAAAAGGCAAAAAUUGUCCAAGCCAUGUUCCAUAGCUUAUGGCAUGAAAAGCUGUCUCACAAAUUAUUGCGUUAAGGUUAGGAAGAGAUUGAUUUUUCAAGGUAUAGAAUUCCUUGUUACAGGAUUUUCUAGUGUGAAGGGAAAGGAAAUUGAAGGACUAAUAUGUAAAUAUGGCGGCAUGGUUCUCUGGGAUAUCCCUUCCCCUCCAAAGUCAAGGGAAAAGAGAAGCUCAAGAUCUAUUUGCCAGCACUUUCCUGUUAUUCUUUGUCUAAAAAAGUUAGAAACUACCAAGUUCUUGUAUGGGUGUGCAGUGAAUGCUUUAAUACUGAAAGUUGAUUGGCUUACUGAUUCAAUUGCAGCAGGUUCCAUCAUACCACCUGCGAAAUACAGGAUUCUAUCAAGGCAAGAUGAUGCAAUGCACAUCAGAAUUGGAAAGCUAGUUCGUUUUAAUAACAAUAAAUAUAUCUUUGAGAAAGUAGGGAUCAUGCUUCAUGGAAAGCAUAGUUUCUGCACCAAAUAUGCAAAAAUAAUCAAGCAUGGAGGUGGGAAGGUUUUUAAAACUCUUCAGUGGUUAGUUCAGAAUUUCGACAAUAAAAAGAUUUAUGUUGGUGCUCUUGUUGCUGAUGACAAGAGUAGGGUAUCACGUCACUUGAAACAUUGUGCCUCGGAGCGGGAAAUACCCAUAAUGCCAGCAAGCUGGAUCAUUAAGAGCUUACAUUCAGGAGAGCUCUUUCCUUUGAUAGAGAAAAACCAUUCCUCGCCUUUGCCAACAAAUAAUAUUCCACAGGGUCCAAUUUCCAUGGAAUGGAGUGAAGAAAUAUGAAAUUUGCUUCUUGCAUUUGCGCGUACAAGAUAAAUAUGCAAAGGUAUUGGUUACCAUUGGAACAUAUAAAGACAAAUACCAUGCUUCUCUUCCUAUGCUGUGUCCCCAAUGAGAAAAAAAAGUAGAGGAUGCUUUAAAGCUUAAGCUGGCAUUACCAUCCAAAUAUUUGAUCUUUAUAAGUGACAUCAACUUAGGUUGAAGCCAGGCUUGCUCCAACUUCUCCAGUGGCCUGCUUGCGCUCAAGAACAGCAGGGAGGACCCCGGCCGACUGGAUCCCGUAAUAGUAGAAGCUCUAGUUUUCGGAGAAGCUACCGGCGGGGCACAUGCAAUGAGUAGCUCAUUAACAAGCUAACUAAAUCAUACACAUUGCUCCAGUUUCUGAUGCUAUUAGCCGUGGAGCAUAAUCUCUUUCAUCUCUUCUUCUCCUUUCAAGGGCCGGGUUCCCUCUCACGUGAAGCUGUUCAUUACAAUGUGAUGCGCAGCUUAAUUGCACCUGAUCUCAAUCCUAAGUACGGAUACAAACGGCCAACACUGGGCCGGCAGAAAUAGUAAUUAUGGAUCUUGAUUUGCAUGUUACAUACCUUGACAAACGUUGUUAUACCUUGUAUUUUCCCUAGUCAUUUCAUGUCUUACAUCUGGUACUGUAAAUUCGAUAUACUUGACAAACUUAAUAAUAUUUGGUCGUUAUUUGCGUA